AUGUCGUCUGCAAGAGAUAUCAAAGUACCCCAGGAAGAACUAGCCCACCGAGUGUCCCGCAGUCUCGGUCUAUCAACUUCUCCCGCAGCACCAAUCACUUCGACGGCCUCCAGUUUUGGCUUCUCAGCUGCUGUGGGCAGCACCCCUGCGUCUGUCGCUGCUGCUGCCCGUGCUGCAAAGCACUUGAAACCCUUUGCAACCGAAGAUAUCAAGAUUUUGCUGUUGGAAAAUGUCAAUCAAACAGGUCGCGACAUUCUCGCUGCUCAAGGAUACCAGGUGGAAUUCUUGAAGACGUCGUUACCGGAAGACCAGCUCAUUGAAAAGAUCAGGGAUGUCCACGUUAUUGGCAUUCGCUCAAAAACCAAACUCACCGCACGAGUCCUCAAAGAAGCAAAGAACCUGAUUGUCAUCGGCUGUUUUUGCAUUGGAACGAACCAAGUGGACCUAAAGUUCGCUGCUGAUAAUGGAAUUGCUGUCUUCAACUCACCCUUCAGCAAUUCACGCAGUGUUGCGGAAUUGGUUAUUGCUGAGAUUGUCGUCCUCGCCCGGCAGCUUGGUGACCGCUCAAAUGAAAUGCACAAUGGUACCUGGAACAAGGUUAGCAAUAAGUGCUGGGAAGUGCGUGGUAAAACUCUCGGAAUCAUCGGAUACGGUCAUAUUGGUUCACAGCUGUCCGUAUUGGCUGAAGCAAUGGGUAUGAACGUCAUUUACUAUGAUGUCGUGAACUUGAUGGCUAUGGGAACAGCUCGACAAGUCCCCACACUCGAAGAUCUCCUCCGUGAAGCCGAUUUCGUCACUCUCCAUGUUCCCGAACUGCCCGAGACCCAGAACAUGAUGGGCCCGAAACAAUUCGAUCAGAUGAAAGAAGGAAGCUACCUAAUCAACGCAAGCCGCGGAAGUGUGGUAGACAUUCCUGCAUUGAUUGAGGCAUCACGCGCUGGCAAGAUCGCUGGCGCCGCUCUCGAUGUGUAUCCAAAUGAGCCCAGUGGAAACGGCGAUUACUUCCACAACGACCUCAACACCUGGGCGAAUGAUCUCCGCACUCUGAAGAAUAUCAUCCUUACCCCUCACAUUGGUGGAAGUACCGAAGAAGCUCAGAGCGCCAUUGGUAUUGAAGUUGGCCAAGCUUUGGUCAAAUAUGUCAACGAAGGCUCGACUCUCGGUGCGGUUAACUUACCAGAAGUCAAUCUGCGUUCGUUGACCAUUGAUGAGCCUGAUCAUGCCCGAGUCAUUUAUAUUCACCAGAACGUACCCGGUGUGCUCCGAAAAGUCAACGAGAUUCUCGGCGAUCACAACGUCGACAAACAGAUGACUGAUAGCAGGGACGACGUUGCCUACCUGAUGGCUGAUAUCAGCAAUGUCGACACACAAACCAUCAAAGACCUCUAUGCGAAAUUGGAAAGCCUUUCAUCUCGUAUCAUGACACGUAUUCUCUAUUAG